AUGGGGGGGUUUUGCUCCAAGAGUCUUGGAAUCAAUUUCGGGAGUGAGUAUUCAGGUUCAAGUGUUGCUGAUGAUGGUCGAGAACCCGAUUUUGGUUACCCACAACCACCUGGGCAAGUCAGUUUGAUUGGUCCUGGUAUGAGGCAGUGUAUGGUUAAAGACGUCAGGGAACAAAUCCAGUUGAAAGAUGUGAAGGAACAGAACCAGUUGAAAGAUGUAUUCUCUUUCCGCGAAAGGGAAGCAGAAGAUAAUUUGUAUGAUGGGAUUCCGAGGUUGCCCGUUAUCCAAUCGCAGAAACUUCGGUCUGCAAAAUAUACUCAAACUGCAGUUUCAAAGGUUACAGAGGUAGGCAAAGCGGGGUUAGGUAAAGCAAAGGAUGUUUUGGAUACUCUUGGGAGUAGCAUGACGGAUCUUAGCAGCGGUGGAUUUACUUCUGGAGUUGCAACUAAAGGCAAUGAACUUGGGAUCUUAGCCUUUGAAGUAGCAAACACAAUUGUCAAAAGCUCGAAUCUUAUCGAAUCGCUUUCGAAGGGCAACAUCAUGCAUUUGAAAGAAACUGUCCUUUAUUCCGAAGGUGUUCAAAACCUUGUCUCGAAUGAUUCUGAUGAACUCCUCAGACUCGUUGCUGCUGAUAAGAGGCAGGAGCUGCGAGUUUUCUCGGGAGAAGUGGUUCGGUUUGGAAACCGAUCCAAAGAUUUUCAGUGGCAUAAUUUACAGCGCUACUUCGACAGGAUCAGCAAAGAGUUAACCCCUCAAAGGCAGUUGAAUGAAGACGCUGUGUUAGUUGUUCGACAACUGAUGGUUUUAGUCCAGUAUACUGCGGAACUGUACCAAGAACUACAAGUAUUGGAUCGAUUGGAGAAAGACUAUGAGCAAAAGCGCCGAGAAGAAGAGAACUCAGCUAGCAGCAGUGAUGGCUUUGCAAUCUUGAAAACGGAACUCAAGUCCCAAAGAAAAGUAGUGAAGAGCCUAAAGAAAAAGUCGUUGUGGUCGAGAGGUUUCGAGGAGGUGAUGGAGAAACUAGUAGACAUUGUACAUUUCUUGUUGCUAGAGAUUCAUAAUAUCUUCGGUGGUACCGAUGAUCAACCAUCAAAGAAAGGAGCUGGCGAUUAUGAUAAAAGAUUGGGACCUGCUGGUCUUGCUUUACAUUAUGCAAAUAUAAUUGUGCAGAUUGAUACACUUGUCGCUCGUGCGAGCUCUAUAACUUCAAAUGCAAGGGAUUCUCUAUACCAAAGCUUGCCCCCUGGUAUACAAUUGGCUCUUCGUUCCAAGAUUAAAUCUUUUAAUGUCGAUAAGGAGCUCUCGGUUACACAAAUUAAGGACGAGAUGGAGAGGACACUGCAUUGGCUUGUCCCUGUUGCAGCCAACACAACCAAAGCUCAUCAUGGUUUCGGUUGGGUUGGAGAGUGGGCAAAUACAGGGGCUGAUUUCAGUAGUAAGCCUAGUGGUGGAGAUAUACUACGCAUCGAGACACUCUAUCACGCUAGUAAAGAAAAGACAGAGAUCUACAUUCUUGGACAGAUCAUUUGGUUGCAACAUUUGGUUACAAAAGCAAAGAGCGACGCUAGGGGAGGUCAUAGGCUUUCUUCUAUCAAGUCUCCAUUGAAUACUACGAACCAGCGACUGACAUCAGAACCACUCAGUGUGCCAAUAGUAACACUUGAGGAGCAAAAGCUGUUACAAGAGGCAGGCAAAAGAAAGAGGACUCCAUGUGUUAGCAAGAGUCAAGAUUUUGAUUCUGAGUACUCGCGGGCGAGAAAGUGUGACCCUUUGAGCAAAAGCAGUGAAUAUUUCCGUGGAGUGAGAAGAAGCAAAUCAGCUGCGGUGAAGAGGUUUACUUCGGGUUUUCCACUUGAUUUUGUUAUCGAGAAGGAGAAAGCGUUGGAUGUGAUUGAUCGGGUCCAUGUGCCGAGAGAUUAUAAAGCAUUGUUGAAAGAAGGUAGCUUGAGCUUCUAA